GCAACGCUAAAAAAGGAACCCAAAUAGCAGCGAUGCAACAAUAAAAAGGAACCCCAACUCCCGGAAACAGCUACCGCUGACAUUGGUUCCGGAGAAAGGCCUCAACCGCAAAUCAAGGAGUCCAGGUUUCCUUACACAGCCUGUUCAGGGACUCUUUACCCUGAAAGAGAAGAGGGAGAAACUCUUCUUAAAGGCAGCUUUGCUGGGUCACAGGCCAAUGAUGGAGGAGCCAGUCGCAUGUUGGCCUGAAGCAGGAAGAGGUCCUGAUGCCUGCAAUACAGAGAGGCAUCGCUUGGUAGCAGAUCCCUCAGCAUUCCCUGUGGCAGGGAAGGCUUCCUUGGACACCAGGCAGAUUCCCCAAAGGAGGGCCAUCAAGCAGGAGGAGGAUACAUGGGCCCCUUUGCAAGAGCCUGGAAUGAGGCCCCAGUUGUCUCUUCCUCUUCUUUGCGAUGGAGCAGAUCAAGAUCAGAGUUUGUUCAUUAUUGAUGAGGUCGCUGUGUCUUUCUCCCCGGAAGAGUGGGCCCUGCUGGAACCUGACCAGAGAGCCCUGCACAAGCAAAUCAUGGCAGAGAUCCACGAGAUCAUGGCCUUUCUUGCAGAAAAUUGGAGGAAAACAUAUGCCUGUGCCAAGUAUGGGAUGUGUUCUAGGCAGAUCUUGGAUCUUAGCAGCCACCAGCAAGCCCAAGAAUCAGAAAACAAAAGUGAUAUCAAAGUGGAGCCCUACAAUUGCCACGAAUAUGGGAAAUGUUUGGCGCAAGAUAUAGCACUGGUGCCUCACACAACACUCCAAGCUGGAAAAAAACACUAUUCAUGUGAAGUGUCUAUGAAGGGUUUUGAUGAUGAAUGGCACAAUAUGAACCCCGAUGAAGGCCAAACAGUAAAGAAACAGCAUAAAUGCCAGCAGUGUGGGAAAUGUUUUGCUUACAGUUCAUUCCUUAAGGCACAUUUCAGAGUGCACACAGGAGAGAAACCCUUCAAAUGCCAGGUGUGUGGCAAAUGUUUUGCGCGAAAGACAUGUCUUAUGAUUCAUCAGUGGGUGCAUACAGGAGAGAAGCCAUACAAGUGCCAGGAGUGUGAGAAAGGCUUUGCUCAAAAGUCGUGGCUUGUGGCUCAUCAGAGGGUGCAUACGGGAGAGAAGCCAAACAAAUGCCAACAGUGUGGGAAAUGUUUUUCUCAGAGGUCCUCCCUUUUAUGCCAUCAGAGAGUCCACACAGGAGAGAAACCCUACAAAUGUCACAAGUGUGGGAAAUAUUUUGGACACAAGUUGCAUCUCAUGAAGCAUCAGGUAAUGCACACAGGAGAAAAACCCUACAAAUGUCAGGACUGUGGAAAACGUUUUCUUGUAAAAGCAUACCUUGUGAAUCACCAGCGAAUCCACACAGGAGAGAAACGACACAAAUGCUCAGAGUGUGGAAAGUGUUUUAUUGGUAAUUCAGCCCUUUUAAUCCAUUGGAGAGUCCACACAGGAGAAAAACCAUACAAAUGCCAGGAGUGUGGGAAAUCUUUCGCUCACCGUUCAGGCCUUACAAGUCACCGGAGAACCCACACCGGAGAGAAACCCUACCAAUGCCAAGUAUGUGGGAAAGAGUUUUCUUGGAAUUCAGACUUUGUGAAGCAUCAGAAAAUUCACACAGGACAGAAACUAUACACCUGUCGGGAGUGUGGAAAAGGUUUUUAUACCAAAUCACAACUUGUGCAGCAUCAGAAAACCCACACAGGAAACAAACCGUACAAAUGUGAGAUGUGUGGAAAAGGUUUUGGUCAGAAGGCCAAUCUUGCAAAACAUGAGAGGACACACACAGGAGAGAAACCAUAUAUAUGCCAGGAUUGUGGGAAAUGUUUUGCUCAGAACGCUAACCUUGCGAGUCACCAGAGAGUUCACACGGGAGAGAAACCAUACCAAUGCCAAGAAUGUGGGAAAGGGUUUUCUUGGAUUUCAGAGUUUGCGAGACAUCAGAACAUCCACACAGGAAACAAACCAUACCAAUGUGAAAUGUGUGAAAAAGGGUUUUUUCAAAAGUCUGACCUUGUGAAGCACCGGAGGAUACAUACAGGUGAAAAACCAUACAAAUGCCAGGAGUGUGGGAAAUGUUUUGCUCGGAAUGCACACCUUCGAGGCCACCAGACUGUCCAUACAGGAAAGAAACCAUACCAGUGCCAGGUGUGCGGGAAAGGGUUUUCUUGGAAUUCAGACCUUGUGAGACAUCAGAGCAGCCACACAGGAAACAAACCAUACAAAUGUGAAAUGUGUGAAAAACGUUUUCUUCAGAAGUCUGAGCUUGUGAAGCAUCAGAGAGUACACACAGGUGAGAAACCAUACAAAUGCCAGGAGUGUGGGAAAGCUUUUGCUCAGAAACCUCACCUUCAAGUCCACCAGGCUGUCCAUACAGGACACAAACCAUACCAGUGCCAGGAGUGCGGGAAAGGGUUUUCUUGGAAUUCAGACCUUGUGAGACAUCAGAAAAUCCACACAGGGGAGAAACUACACACAUGUCAACAAUGUGGGAAACGCUUUUAUCACAAUUCGCAACUUGUGCAGCAUCAGAAAAUCCACACCGGAAAUAAACCGCACAAAUGCGAGGUGUGUGAAAAAUGUUUUGGUCGAAAGUCCGACCUUGUGAAGCACAAGAGGAUACACACAGGAGAGAAACGGCACAAGUGUCAGGAGUGUGGGAAAUGCUUUACUGAAAGUUCAGGCCUUGUGAAGCACCAGCGAAUCCACACAGGAGAAAAACCAUAUAAAUGCCAGGACUGUGGGAAAUGUUUUGCUCACAAUGUGCAGGUUUUACGCCACCAGACAGUCCACACAGGGGAGAAACGAUAUGAAUGCCAGCAGUGUGGGAAUUGUUAUACGCAAUACUCAAGCCUUCAGCGCCAUCAGAAAACCCACUCAGACAAUAAACCAUACCAGUGUUACGAGUGUGGAAAAUCUUUUGUUAAUAAAAGAAGCCUUGUAAAGCACCAAAAAAAGCACACAAGGGGAGAAACCAUAUAAAUGUGUGGGGUGUAGGAAAUGUUUUAGAUGCUGUUUGCAUCUUGUGAAUCAGCAGAGAUUAGACAGGAGAAAACCCUGCAAGAGCCAGGAAUUUGGGAAAUGUUUCACUUUGAAAUCACACUUCUGAAGCACCUGUAAAUCCAUGCAGGAGAAAUUACACAUGCUGGGAGUGUGGAAAAUGUUUUGCUCAAAAUGCACAUCUUUUACACCACCAAAGAGUACACACAGGAAAGAAACCAAACAAAAAAAUAAAAUAAAAUUAGUCUGGCAUGAUUUUGUUUUUGAUGCUAACUUUUAGCGAACAUGGCAUUACUUUGAAAGUACUUGUCUGCUUAAUGAUCUGCUUCAGAAUAUUUCCUGCUUUUGAAGUCAGUCUGACUGGGCACCACAAUCUCUCGAUCCUCUCUCUUCCAUUUUCUGACCAUCUGCUGAAAUGUGUAUGUAAAAGCCGUAAGCCCUGUUCCCCGUUUCAUU